CUUUGAUGUUGUUACAAGAUGGGGAAUUAGAAGACAUCAUUAAUGAAGUUGAUGACCGUAACAAUAUUGAAGAAAUACUGAAAAGGGCCUAUGUACUUGUGGCUUCAAAACUGAAAACUAUGGCUACAAAAAGUGACAGUGAAGUCCUCAAAAAUCUAUUAUCGAACCGCCCUGAACUGAGGCGUAUGAGAAAUGAAGGUUUAAUUAAGGACCUGCCACAAUGGCUUCAGGAAAAACUAUAUAUAUAUUUGAAAUUGUCAUCCGAUGAAGACUCUCCCGAUGAAAAUUCUUCCGAUGAGGAUUCUCCCGAUGAAAAUCCUUCCGAUGAGAAAUCUCCCGAUGAAAAUUCUUCCGAUGAGGACUCUCCCGAUGAAAAUUCUUCCAAUGAGGACUCUCCCGAUGAAAAUUCUUCCGAUGAGGAUUCUCCCGAUGAAAAUCCUUCCGAUGAAAAUUCUUCCGAUGAGGACUCUCCCGAUGAAAAUUCUUCCAAUGAGGACUCUCCCGAUGAAAAUUCUUCCGAUGAGGAUUCUCCCGAUGAAAAUUCUUCCGAUGAGAAAUCUCCCGAUGAAAAUUCUUCCGAUGAGGACUCUUCUGAUGAUGAUUCUUCCAAUGAGGAUUCUUCAGAAAGCGAAGAUGAGAUUUCUACCUUGUAUAACAAUUUACCGGGAGAAAAAUAUGUUAUUGGCUUCAAAGAUGAUUGUUUUCGAUUGCUGUCAGAAUUCAGUAAAUCGAAAAAUCAAAAUUUCAGAGAUUUUGCUGAAGUAUGGAAGAAAAUGGGAUUCUCCGCGAUAUCCAUAUUAUAUGAUUUGCAUGAAGAAGCAGGCGUAGAAGAUCAUGGGGAAUUCUUGAAUCACGCUGUACCGGAAAUGUUUCUUAUUGCAAAAACGUUCAUGCUUCCUGAAUAUCCGAAGUCUUAUAGGAAAGGUGCACUUUACCUGUUAUAUGCUCUGUAUUACAAACAGCCAAUCAAUACGGACGACGCAUUAGUUGAGUGAGUUACUAUCCUUUUAUAAU